AAGCUCUUGGUAUACAUACACAUCAUCAAUGAGCUGCAGAUGAACACAGCGUACGCCUCAGAGGAUGGAUGUGAAUGUGGACUGGGACCCUGAGAAUAACAUUUGUGACACAGGUGAGAAGCUUUCGAAUUAUUCCAGAAAGACCACUAAGCAGGUGGGCCACACACCUAGCCUCCAGAAGGAGGUAGACAUGAAUUACUCGCAGACGUGCGGUCCUCGUUGCAACUCUGCUGGACCUUCAGGUAAGCAGGAGCUUCCUGCAGAGCUGCAGUGUGAAGACGGAGAAACCUAUGAGACCUACUACCAGAAACGAAGUGAGAGUACAGCUGGGGUCUUUGUCCCCUCCAGUACCAACUUCGACCUGCAGUGUGAAGAUAAAGAUUUAGAGCACUGUUCCUCUGAGUGGUCCAAGAGACCACGGAGAAGGCUACGUGACGAUAACGAAAAUACCGUUCUUGCUGAUGUGUUUGAUGAGGACCUGGAGUCUGUCUCUGAGGAAGCUUUGCCAUAUCGGUGCAAGAAGUGUGGUUCCUCUUUCCAGGGUAUGAGCGAGCUGCAGGAACAUAAGCGAACUCACCUUGUGGAAAACUCAUACCGAUGUCCCGUCUGUGCCAAAGAGUUCUUCCGCGCGGCAAAUUUGCGAAUGCACAAGCUCAUUCAUUCUAGUGACAGGCCACACAAAUGUCCAGAGUGUGACAAGGGUUUCAUUCGCACGGCUGACGUCUGGAGGCACCUACGCAACGUGCACAAGAUAGAGCGCUCCAUGGUGAUCCUGGGAAACGGCAUGGCUAGGAACCCGUGGUCGAUCGUGCACCGUAACCAACACACUGUUGAGUACGCUGAUCAGCCUUGUGCAGAAAACCAAAAGUCUGAGGAAGACGACUAUAAACCUUAUGCCUGUCCAACGUGCGGCAAAAGUUUCGAUAAGCCUAACCUGCUUUCCAAACACAAGGUCAUCCACCGACAAGACAAGCCCUAUAAGUGUCAGGAAUGUGGCAUGGCGUUCGUCCAGCUGCUCAGGCUGAAAAGACACCAGCAGACUCACUCUGGGGAGCGCCCCUUCUACUGCGAGGAGUGCGGAGGGACGUUCACCCGGCUGGCAUCGCUCCAGCGCCAUCACCGCAUCCAUACUGGAGAGAAGCCCUACUCUUGCAAUUACUGUGGUCAUUCCUUCACCGAGUCAGGUACCCUACGGAGGCAUGAGCGCACACACAAAUUGGACAAAUCUUAAUGCUUAGUUCCUUUGCGUUUGUGGUCUCCUUGGUUGCUUCUUACCCGAACGAGGCCUGCUCAGUUGGGCUGGAGAAAGCACUCCAUUGCAUGCGCUCUGGCCGGUCCAGACCCACUUCCCAGCAGUGGCUGGCAGGGAACGCUACAUGACGGGAAUCUCUGGAACUUGUACUGGUAGAGGUUGCACUCACUGGCUUUAAACUGGCUUUGUAUGAAAAAAUAACCUAAUUACCACUGAGUAAUGAAAUGUGGGACUUGAGAAGACUGAAAUCACUCACACAUGCUAGCACUGUCUCAGUUCGCCGAACUGACCAUGCAUCAGCUUGAGCUUUUUGCAAGGAUGCGUGGGCUGUGAGACUUCUCUCUGCAGUCUUGGUCACUGGAUAAAUUGGCCCUGCCCUCUCGAGUGUGAUGGCUCUUUGGCACUGGGUUUGGAGAUCUGUUGUUGCAGGUCUUUGCUAAGUCAGAACAGUCCAGAGUUGUCCCUCUAUCCCUUCUCUCCUUGCGUUCUGCUGAGUUUUUCUUUCCAUUACUUUUUUUUUAUUUGGAGGGGAAGUAUCAU